AUGUCCGUCUAUCACGAACUCGCCGCUGGAAAGAUGGGUUCGACUAAUCUGGAAAUAGAGCAAAAGGUUCUUGCCGAGCCGAUAUCCGAUGCUCCGAUCGCCAAAGAUGAAGAAAAGGCAAACGUCUCGGCCUCAGACCCCGACAAGGAGGACGAGCCGACCUUCGAUACUGGUCUUUUUUCCUGGCUGCAGGUCCUAGGCUCAUUCUUUCUCUUUUUCAAUUCAUGGGGAGUAAUCAAUACGUGGGGUGCAUAUCAAACCUACUAUGAGCAGAACUUACUGUCUGAUAUUUCGUCGUCCUCAAUCGCCUGGAUCGGCUCCCUGCAGUCUUUCCUUUUGAUGCUCAUCGGUGUCAUCACCGGCCCUCUCUUCGAUGCGGGGUAUUUCCGUAGCCUCAUCGGCUUCGCAGGUUGCAUGCUACCGUUCGGGUUGAUGAUGACCAGUCUCGCAACGAAGUACUGGCAGCUGAUCCUCGCACAGGGAAUCUGUGUUGGUUUGGCAGCCGGUUGCCUCUUCGUGCCUUCGGUUGCUCUCCUGCCGCAAUACUUCCGACGCAAGAGAGGUUUUGCCAACGGCCUUGCCGCUAGCGGUAGCAGCAUUGGCGGUGUUGUCUAUCCCAUCAUGUUCAACCAAUUGCAGAAGAAGGUCGGCUUCCCCUGGGCCACCCGAGCUAUCGGCUUCCUCUGCUUCGGCACUGUCUGUAUCUCAUUUAGUAUCAUGCGGAUUCGGUUUCCGCCAAAGGAAAAACGAAAGCUCUAUCAGCUCUCUGCUUUCAAGGAUCCCGGCUAUUGUAUUUUCUGCGCAGCCAUGUUCUUCGGCUUCUUGGGCUUCUAUAAUUUCCUCUUCUACGUGCAGUCCUACGCAAUUGACACCGGAAUUGUGGACGGCAAUCUAGGAUUCUACCUACUUUCUAUGCUCAACGCCGCUUCGACCUUUGGCCGCAUCCUGCCCAACUUCCUCGCCGACCAUACCGGCCCGCUCAACAUGCUCACCCCGGCCGUGACCAUCACCUCCGUCCUGGCCUUUGUGUGGAUCAGCGUUCACACCGUUCCGGGUAUUAUCACCUUGUCCGUUUUCUAUGGUUUCUUCUCAGGUGGAUUUGUGUCACUGCCGCCAGUUGUCAUGGCCAGCAUGACACCCGACGUGCGCGACUUGGGCACCCGUCUCGGUAUGGUCUUUGCCAUCACUUCAAUCGGCCUGCUGAUCGGUACACCCAUUGGUGGUGCCAUUCUGAGCGACACCAACAAAUAUCUCGGUGUGCAGUUGUUCACUGCCUGCUGCCUCGUCACAUCUGCAGUUCUCAUGGGCACCCUCCGAUUCGUUCGCUCGGGGCCCGUCCUAAAGUCUAGAACUUGA